CUUCGACGAUUCUUUUGAUCGGGAAAAUUAUGGCAACUUUGGAAUCUGGGAUUCUGCUGAAGUUACUUAAUGGGAUGACCACCGGAGUAAAACCAACCGGCGAACAUCGAAGCUCGCUUUUGCAGGUCACUGAUAUCGUACCGGCCGAUCUCGAUGAGGAGAACCUGUGGCCUAAACAUGGGUUUUACAUCAAGGUCUCGGAUUCUUCGCAUUCAAUUUACGUUAGUCUUCCUUCUGACCAAGAAGAUUUUGUUCUUAGUAACAAAAUGCAACUUGGGCAGUUCAUUUAUGUUGAUAGUUUGGAGCCUAGUUCUCCUGUUCCCGUCGUUAAGGGUGCAAACCCUCUCCCCGGAAGACACCCCAUUGUCGGAACUCCAGAGCCUUUAACGGGCUUUAAAAGGGAGGAGGAAAAAGUUGAGCAGAAACAUAGAAGAGGAUCUUGGGUAAGGGGGGCUAAUGGGAGUGCAAGCGACGUGAUUUAUUCUCCUUUGGCUCCAAAGCCGGUUCGGUUGCAUUUCGAUCAGUGUACUCCGGUGAAACAGCGGUCUAAUUCGGUGAGAAAUUCGAUGAUGUCUCCGAUGAUAAGAAAGGUAGCGAAAGAUGGGAAUGCUAGUGUUAAUGCAAGUGUAAGGUGUUCUUUGGGUGGAGGGUUGUUGGCUAGGAAAAGCUGCAUAGCGCCUUCUUCUGCCUCGAAGUUUCCUCGGAGCAAAAGCGUCUGCCAUCGACAGCCACGGAUUCCGAUCAGUCCUCUCAACUCAUCUGACACGAAAAGUUCAACCCCACCGCCCUGUUUACGCCGAGCUGCUUCCCUCAAUAUGGGUGAAGAUGUACUACGACCGCAAUCUCAGUUUGAUAAUAGCAAAAGUAUAGCCAUGAAUUUGACCGGAAAUUUUAGCUUGUUGAGCAAGGAAGCCAUGCAGCACCGAGAGAAGGCUCAGAAGAUUGCUCUUCUAGCACUAAGAGAUGCUAAAGCCAUUGAUAGUUUAGUCCGCUCUCUCAAGAUGUUUUCCAACAUGAGCAAGUCGGCAGAUCCAGAUGCUCCAGCGGCAUGUUUAGAUCGGUUUCUCGAGUUUCACGAACAAAUUGUUCAGGCCAUGGGUGAUAUAAUGUCCAUUCAAGGUGCAACCGAAAUGGCACAUAACUCAAAAGGUGAAGAUACGCAUGCAAUCUUGGAUCAAAUUGCGCACAACUCCAUGGACCAAACCGAGGAACCAGAGUUGUAUGAGUCAACUGCAGCCUUUCCCGAGCCGAAAACAAACUCGGGGAAGGUCCAAAGAUCAAAUCCCCUCGCCAUGCUGCCCCAUGAAGCUAUUGACGAGAAUGACGAAAACAAGAGACCAUUAUCGUGUAGCUUAAGCAAUACAUUAGCAUUGGGGAAGCAGAUAGAAACUGAAGCAGGGAAUUGGUUCAUGGAGUUCCUGGAGAAAACUUUGGAGAAUGGUAUGAAGAAAUGUAAAGGGAAAGUAGCACAGUCUCUGAUACUGAAGGUUAUUAAUUGGGUAGAGGUAGAACAGAGUGAUGGGAACAAGCAGCCAGUUCAUCCUAAAGCAACACAAAUAUCUAGGAAGCUAAGGAUUAAGGUGAAGAAUCCUUGAAUUGGU